GUCAAUCAGACGCUAAAUACGUCACCGUCAAUUUUUAUCGAAUUGCGAACCAAUCGUUCUUGAUCUUAAUUUAACUAAAUCACACGUUUUUGUUUACUUUUUCAUAUAAAAAACACUUCAAUAAUGUGUUCGUAGUGUUAUCAGUGAUUGUGUUAAUUUCGUGUUUCUGUUGUAAUUGUGAAAAAAAUACUUUAUAAUGGCGAACAAUCGUAUCCCGUCCGGACCUAACACGCCCGGGAGCCAACAGACACCAACUCAACAAGGUAUUAAGAUCUUCAUACAGAGAGACUAUUCGGAGGGCACGGCGGUUAAAUUUCAGACGAGAUUCCCUCCUGAGUUGGAAGACAGAAUAGACCGACAAACAUUUGAAUUCACAAUGGAGAGAUUGAAUGAGCAUUUUGAAAUGGCAGAAACAGCUGAUUGCAGUACCUAUUGUGAAGGUUGUCUUGCUUGUCUCACGGCUUAUUUUAUAUACAUAUGUACAGAGACACAUUAUGAAAAGCACUUAAGAAAAAUUUCAAAAUUCAUAGCAACACAGAAUGAAAGAGUCUACAAUCCCAGAGGUAUACACAUAACAGAUCCUAUACUCAGAGGAUUGCGAGUGAUAGAGAUAACGAUCAUUGACGUACCAAACUGUCAAAGUCCAACUGGUAACUCGACAACAUCACAAUUACGACACACUUGACCACCACAUGAAAACAGGGAGUUCUUCAUGUAACAAUUAAGGUAUUGGUUUUAAUAUACUGGUGCUUUGUUACUGUCAUAUUUGUUAUUUAAUCGGACAUAUAAAUUCUUUUAUCAGUAAGUGUUAAAAUUAGGUAAAUAAUGUACAUAAUACAAUUAAAAUUUGUUUAGAAACGUCAUUCGUAAGCCUUUAUAUGGUCUGUAACUUAAGCACCUGAGUUUGUUAUUAAAACCAAUUGUGUAAUAUUAAUAUUAAAUAUAAAUUGUAUUUGGAUUGGUGUGAACCAAUUGAGUAUGAAUGAACUCCCUAUGCCAAAAUGCUCUUCCGUGCUUUGUGAGGAAUUAAAAAUGUAAAAUGAAGGAUGAUAUUAGAUUAAAGAUUUGAAAUAUAAUCUUAGAUAUAAGACCUUAUUUCUUUAUGUUAGUUGUGACAUUACAUUAAUUUCAAAGAAAAAAAAAUUGCAAAGACAUAAAACCUAUUUGUAUCAAAAUGAAAAUUGAACUAAAUUCAAGUAGUUAAUAUUUUUUUAAUCAUGAACAACUUUUGCAAAAAAUACUCUUAGAGUAAAUUAACAAGAAAUGCAUUAUUUGCAAGAGUCGAGUUUGUUAGAAUUUGUUUAAGUACAUACAAUUAGUAAUACUGACGAUGAAUAGAACAUUAACAAUUUUACUCACGGAGAGGGUAAACAAACGUAUAGGGUUUUCUGAUGAAAUGAAAUAUGUAUGUGUAGAUAGGUGUUCUUGUUUUAACUUUUAAAAGAUGUUUAUUAUUAUAAUAAGACUUGUAACUAUGUAAUCAAUAGUUUAAUUUUAAGAACGGAUAUAUAGGAUUAUUGUAUUAAAAGGAUGUAUCAUAUGGGUUGUAAUUUUGAAAUUUAAUGUGAGCUAUGAAAAUUUAUAUCAGUAUAGUGAUUCCAAAACAAUUGCUUUUUGAGAGGCAUCUAAUAUUUAUGUUUGAUUAACGUAAGUAGCUAAUAUUUAAACAUAAACGGUGAUUGAACUGGAUUAAAUGGUUUAUUUUAAAAUGGCAACAUUGCGACCGAUUUUGAACAGUUCUAUAUGAAUAUUUAUCAAACUGACUUCUGAUACGAAACCUAAAGUUGAAUAACAUUUCGUUGUGUAUGAACCACAAUUUCACUCCUUUUCAGUAACUAAAAAGACGAAAUGAGAAGAUAUUGAAUGGAUAAUUUUAUGUUAAAGAUUUACCUUACAAUAAUAAUUAUUUAUCAUGAUCAUCAAUUUCUCGUAUUACUUCAAAUAUGAGUCUGAGAUGAGAAAUUUAAGGGUGAAAUUGAGUAAGUGUGGACGCGGAUUUAUUUUCAAUUUUAAUAUUAUUUGCUAUCCAAGUACUACUUACCGCGGUACACAAUCAAAUCUCAGCUAAAUUUGUCCCGAAUCGUAGUGACGAGUGUUGCCAUAAUGCCUUUUUGACGGACCCCAAUAUAUGUUAUUUUUUUAUUUAAAAUUUAAAUGAUACAUUGAUGACUUUCUGGAAAAAGCUUUGUUUUUUAAUUUGAUUUUAUUUUAUCUAAUUACUAUUUACAUAAUAAUAUUGAAAUAUUUAAAAGAAUUUAGAUGUCGCCAUAGUAAAAAAAUCACCAAAUGCGAGGAUCACAAGUUCAAACGUUAACUUAUAUUAUUGUCUUAUAUAUAAUUAUAUAUGACCUAUUUGGGUAGCAUUUAUUAAGUUAUGAAUAAUUUAGCUUUGUAUUUGCUAAUAUUUAUUUUAAAACUUGAUUUUCGGUUUAAGGUAGAAUUAAUAUUAUUUAACAAGAAUUAUGUAUUAAUAAGUAUGUAAUUAUAUUUAUUAGAACUCCUAUUUUACAUAUAAUAUUUUAAAUUAUCAGAAUUAAUAUACAUUUUUAUCUGAAGUGUAUUUUUAAUAACAUAAUAUAAAAUGAUAAUAUUUUUUAAUAUUCUUAGUUGAUUUUAAUCUUGAAUAAUUAUUUUGAAUUGCUUUGACAUUUAAUUAUUAUUAUUUUUAAUAUUUUAACCCACUGAAGCUUUGAUGCUUUGAAUGAAGCUAAUUAUAUUUUACGGCUGAAUGUCGCAAUACCUUGGCUCUAAGAAAUAGAAAAAAUAUAUUUAUACCUUUUUCAUGAGAACAAUGUCAUGUCUAUUAUUCCAUUUCCAAAUAAAGCAUGAACACAGACCGAAUUUAUUAUUUAAAUUGUUAUAAAUUGUCCCCAAUACAAUUAUAAUAUAAAGCAAAUGAUCUCUGAUAUAAUGUAGAUUUAUGCAAUUAUAAAUGUCAAAAACGUUUUUGAACGUUUGUUCAGUAUGAGAAUGACGGAAAAUCGGUCGUGUAAAAUGUACAUCGUAUUUUUAAUUAUUCCACGACUACAUUAAUCUUUAAUGAACAAUGUAUAAUGUAUGUAAAAAUUAAACUAUUUGUACUAAUGAGUAAAAUUAAGAAAUAGUUAUAUUGUAAAAUUUAUUAUGACUUUAUAAAUUACAAAAAUUAUGUAAGAA